AAUUGAGAGGGUUGCUUUUGCAAAAUCACUUCAAAGGGUGGUUUAUGAUUCGGAACCAUUGCCAAGGGUUUAUCAAGCCUGGUUUUUGAUUUAGAGCCGUUUGAAUUGAAUAUUUUCAACUUUUCGUUUGAAGAUUAACCUUAAACUGUAGACACAGAGGAAGACAGUGACUCUCUCUCCUUCCAUUUGAAAGAAGAACAUAUGGCUACAAACGAGAACGCUUCUUUGUCCUCUCUCAUCACUUCUCUGUCUAAGAGCUUUGGGCAAGUACCUUUGGUUGCUGUUCCGGCGGUUCUGGAUUGUGUCUUGGCUUCUACUGGUUUAUCUCCGUUGACCCUUUUCACUUCACUGCUUGAUACUUUUCCUACCCUCAUUCAGGAUUUAAACCAAAAGGAGGAAAAAUUGGAUUCUGAUCAGUGUAGCUACGUGGUUUCUUUAAUUGGAGCACUUUGUCACCUUCUAAAGAAAAUUGGAUUUAAAGAUGAUGCUUUGGAAUUAUUUAUCCGGAGAAGUUUUCUUCCAUUAAUGAAAAUGGUGCAUUUGUUCAAUUAUGAAUUGCUUAACCAGGUUGCAGAAUUAUUCAUUGAUGUUGUGGUUAAGGCAAACACAUGGGCAGUUGUUGAGGCAAACGUGGUGCCAGUUUUACUAAGAUCAGUUAGUCAUUCUUUGGGUAUGCUUCAAAAUGAAGAAUCAGAUAUCUUAAAAUGGGAUGUGGACUCUAAUAACCUAGUCAAUGAUUUAAGCACCUAUAAAGAACGCUUUCUUUCUGCAUCUUCAUCACUUUCAUUGCCAGUUUCAUGCCACAUUCUAAGUGUAAUGCUUGAGGCAGCCCUUUCAAACAAGCAAAUAGCUCCAAUCUUAAAAUCAGUGGUUGCAAAUGGGAGUUUUGAGGGUCAUAAUUUUGCUGGUAACUUGAUUUGGCGUCUUUGUAAUAUGGCUGAACGGAUGUUGUUGCAAAGUUUGGAACAUCGCUCCUGUGCAGUUGGCUUUCUUUUGCCAAUCAUUUUCAAAGCAUUUGUUUCUUACAGUUCAUUUGAAAUCGUAAUUCAUGGGAAGAUAUGUCUGUUUUCAAGGAACAGUUUCUUUCUGAAAAUUUGGAACUGCUGUAGAACACUUUUUUCUCUUGGUCCUUUGGAGAGAAGAGAUGCCUAUAGCAUACUGUCUCUGUACUUGUCUGUCUUGCCUUGUUCAGAAGAUUGUGGAGAUGUUGAUAUGGGUCAUGAAGUGGAAGGAUUUGAUAUAAGAACCCAAAAGGAAUUUUGGGAUGUAAUUAAAAGAGGCUUGGUUGAUAAGGAGGGAUUAGUGAGAAAACAGUCAUUGCAUAUAUUAAAGACAGCGCUAUGUAUCACAGAAGGUGGCCAAUCCACUUUGGUUUCAGAGACUACAUCAUAUGAAAAAUGUUCAGUACCUCAUGGCAUGACGAAAAGGGAACUCUGGGCUGAAAAGGAAGCCAAGUCAUUGGGUGUAGGGAGAAUUUGCAAUUCCAUUGAGUCAAAUUGUAACAACCAGCAGAAAUGGGAAGCAUUUGUAUUACUAUAUGAGAUGCUUGAAGAGUAUGGUACUCACUUGGUUGAAGCAGCAUGGAAUAAUCAGGUAUCCUUGUUGCUUCAGUCUUUUACCUCUUAUGAUGAUUUUGCGAGCUCUCUCAUCGGGGCAGAACAUGAAAAACACAGUGAAAGUAAAGGUGAAAUCUUUAAUUGGUUAGCAAUUUUGUGGGAGAGGGGUUUCCAUCAUGAUAAUCCACAAGUUAGGUGCUUGAUAAUGGAGGCAUUUUUGGGCAUCAAGUGGCAGGAUUAUGGAGAAUCUGUAAACUUAGUGCCCGAAACAUUUAUCCUCGGUUCUUUUUUGCAAGGGUUGAAUGAUCCCGUGCACCACAAAGAAUUUGGUGUAAAAGGAAUAUAUUCAUCUAAGACAAUUGAAGGGGCAGCUCAGUUCUUACACCAAUAUGCUAUUUGUCUGAAUGCAAGGAGGAGGGUUGCUUUUUUGAGCAAUUUAGCAUCUGCUGCCAAGCAGCUAUCUUUCAGUAGAGCUGGGUUGAUUGGCCUUGUUGAAUGCAUAGCUUCUGCUGCCUCUAGAGUUAGAACAGAUACUGAUGACCAUGAAGCAGAAUUGGGUGGACAUAUAUUUCCUGACAUCGUGCAAGAGGAAUUUGAGUCAGAAAGUUCUCCCCAAAAUGGCAAAAUCCUUUUAAUUGAUUCUUUGAGAUUUAUAAUUGAGAGCAGCAAACAACAUUUCAAUCCUAACUAUCGUCUUCGAGUUUGUGAAAAAGUCUUGGAAACUGGUGCUUCAGUGGUGUGUACUUAUAAUGUACCUCUUGAGAUACUUUUGCACUUCAUUUCGUCAUUUCCACGGGAAUUUACUGAUUAUGGUGGUUCCUUAAGAGGAAAAGUACAGCAAUGGCUUUUGGGUUGUGGAAAGAAGCACUGUACUGUCAAUUGUUCCAGUACCAAGAUGGAGCUCCUGAGUAGUCUUUACAACUUCCCCAGUAGGUUUACAAGUUCUCAUUAUAUUGAUAAUGCCUCAGCGACUUGUAAUGAUGAAGACCUGAAUGCAUGGGAGGUUGAAGCUAAAAGAUGGGCAAGAGUGCUUUUUCUUGCUAUCAGGGAGGAAAGUCAUUUGAUGCCUAUAUUAACGUUCAUUCAAAACCAUGGUACUAAUAUCUGCAAUCAAAAUAAAACAUUGGAGUUGACACCAGUUAAAUUUCUUAUCUUGGCCACAAGCUUGGUUCUGGAGCUUCAGAUAGUGCAAGAACGAACUACUGAACAUGGUAUCAAAUUUAGAACCAGAUCAGAAUUUAGCUUGCUUGAAACAAUGGAUCGCCCAAGUUAUCCAGAUUCUAUGGUUUUAUAUCAGAAGUUCACCGAUGUUUUUCUCUCUAUAAUGGAGGAGCUGGUCGCAUUUGCAAACUUGUCUUGUUCAAUAUUCUCUUUCAGGGCAAACAUGGAGGAUUCCCUCCCUAGUUCUGUGAAAGGAAAACUUGGAGGCCCUAGUCAACGCAGAUUGUCAUCUUCUACAACAACUGUUGUUUUGCAAGCUAUAACCUCCAUGAAGGCUGUUGCACUAAUAUCAUCAUGGUGUGCACAGUUUCGAAGUUAUUGUUCACUGAAUUUUGCUUUCAGCUUCUUUUGGAAAUUCUACUGGAAGACUAUUUCAUCUCCAGUUUGUGAUUCAGAGACUGGUGCAGAAAUCUGUCUUGCAGCUUAUGAAGCAUUAACUCCUGUUGUCAGAGCACUAGCAUCUGUGUUUUCUCCCCAUAGUAUUGCUUGCAUCAGAGAAAAUGACAACUUAUCGCCAUCGGAUGCUGAAGGCAAACCUCUGUUAGAUUCCUUGGUUCUUUCUUUUCUUCAGAAUAUCAAUAAUCUUCUUGCAGUUGGAGUUUUGGUACGAACACGGCGAGCAGUUCUAAUGAAUUGGAAGUGGCUAUGCCUAGAAUCUCUGUUGUCAAUUCCUAGCUAUGCUAGGAAAAACGGCCUUCACCUAGAGGUCAAUAACUCUUUCUUCUCAAAUGCUGCUCUUAAGGAGAUUUUCAGUGAUCUUGUUGAGAGCCUUGAGAAUGCCGGGGAAGGUUCUGUAUUAGCGAUGCUAAGAUCAGUCAGGUUAACUUUGAGCCUAUUUGCUGAAGGAAAAUUAAGUUCUGUAUUCUCAGCAUGCAAUGGGGUGGACGUUCAGAUGAUGUGGCAUUUGGUCCGUUCUUCAUGGAUAAUGCAUAUGAGCUGCAACAAGCGGAAGAUUGCUCCAAUUGCUGCCCUUUUGUCUUCUGUUCUGCAUUCUUCCCUCUUUAGCAAUGAGCAUAUGCAUAUGGCUGAUAAUGCAGCUGGGCCUCUUAAGUGGUUUGUUGAAAAAGUUGUUGAAGAAGGCACGAAGAGUCCUCGUACAAUUCGUCUAGCAGCAUUACACUUGUCAGGGCUGUGGCUAUCAAAUCCUAGGGUUAUAAAGUACUACAUUAAGGAGCUGAAACUCCUAUCACUAUAUGGUUCUGUUGCAUUUGAUGAGGAUUUUGAAGCUGAAUUAGCUGAUAGUCAUGAUACAAAGAUUGAAAUAUCAUCACUGGAAACAAGUCCUGAUGCUGAACUAACUGAAGCAUUUAUCAACACGGAAUUGUAUGCUCGUGUGUCAGUUGCUGUUCUUUUUUACAAGCUAGCUGAUUUGGCUGAUAUGGUGGGAUCAACAAAUGAAGAUGAAGAUUGUCAUGCUGCUUUGGAAGUGGGAAAAUUGUUUCUCCUUGGGCUUCUUGAUGCAGUGGUAAGUGACAAGGAUCUUGCAAAGGAGUUGUAUAAGAAGUACAGUGCAAUCCAUAGGCGGAAGAUACGUGCCUGGCAAAUGAUAUGUGUUUUGUCACAUUUUGUAUGUCAAGAUAUUGUUGGCCAAGUCACACAUCACUUGCAUAUAUCCCUCUCUAGAAACAACUUACCAUCAGUAAGGCAAUAUCUGGAGACCUUUGCAAUUAAUGUAUACUUGAAGUUUCCAUCUCUGGUUGGGGAGCAAUUAGUUCCUAUAUUACGAGAUUAUGACAUGAGGCCACAGGCACUCUCUUCUUAUGUAUUUAUAGCAGCUAACAUCAUCCUGCAUGCAUCGAAAGCAGUUCAAUCUAGCCAUUUAGAUGAAUUACUUCCUCCAAUAGUUCCAUUAUUAACCUCGCAUCACCACAGCUUACGUGGUUUUACCCAGUUACUGGUAUACCAAGUUCUUUUCAAAUUAUUUCCGCGAUUAGAUGUUACAACCUCUGCAACCAAGUCUUUAGAGAAGAGGUGCUUUGAGGAUCUGAAAGCAUACCUGGUGAAGAACUCCGACUGUACACGCUUGCGAGCAUCGAUGGAAGGAUUUCUUGAUGCCUACAAUCCUACUAGCUCGGUUACCCCUGCUGGAAUCUUCAUCAAUCGGGUUGAGGAACUAGAGUUUGAAUGUGUGCCAACAUCCCUCAUGGAGGAAGUGCUCACCUUUCUGAAUGAUGUGAGGGAAGAACUUAGGAGUUCAAUGGCAAAGGAUUUGGUGACCAUCAAGAAUGACAGCUUAAGGAGUAAUGAAGACCAUAAAUGCCCACCUAAUGCCAACGAAGGAAAUUCACAAACUCAGCAGGACAGAGAUGUCUUGUUAGAUUUUCAGAAAAAGCUUACUCUCUCUAAACACGAGAAACAAGACACUGAAGUUGGUUUGUUCUUAGGCCAGAAAGCAAAUUACAAGCAACUUGUGGAAAUAGAAAAGGAUGGUCAGCUUCUUGAUCAAAUGUUGCAAUCUAGAAGUCUGGCUUUGGAAAAAGUAAGAGCCAGUCGACAAGAUUUUAUUCUUGUAGCAUCACUGCUUGAUCGAAUACCUAAUCUUGCUGGAUUGGCACGGACAUGUGAGGUUUUUAAGGCAGCAGGUUUGGCAGUUGCAGAUGUAAACAUUUUACGUGAUAAACAAUUUCAACUCAUCAGUGUAACAGCAGAUAAGUGGGUUCCUAUCAUUGAAGUCCCAGUGAAUAGCAUGAAGGCUUACCUGGAGAAAAAGAAGAAAGAAGGCUUCUCUAUUUUGGGAUUGGAGCAAACGGCAAAUAGUGUAUCUCUUGAUCAGUACACCUUUCCCAAAAAGACAGUACUCGUUCUUGGACGUGAAAAGGAAGGUGUCCCGGUGGAUAUUAUACAUAUUCUGGAUGCUUGCAUUGAGAUUCCGCAAUUGGGAGUCGUGAGAUCUCUCAAUGUGCAUGUCAGUGGUGCCAUUGCUCUCUGGGAGUAUACUAGGCAACAAAGAUCACAAUAAUCCAUUCGUUCAUUAAAAAACAUGGUGGACGGUCUUUUACAGAAGCUAGAUUUCAGCAGCAAUUUAGACUUUAUAACUGGCUGCAACCUCAUGGUUCAUCUGUUUUAUCAUCUUAGAAUCAGGCUGUUGUAACAUUAAACAUCUUUUUUAUAUUAUAUUGUUGGACUGGGGGAAUAUAGAAGAUGGUAAUAGAGAUAUAUUAGUUAUGGAUUAAUCAAUUGUUUUAUUUAGUUC